UCAUAGUCAUAGGAUGCCAAAGUAAAAAAGAGAAAAAGCAAUCACAACAAAUUUCACUUGCAAUCUUCUCGUACAUAUGGAGGUUCCUGUUGGGUUCUUGCGCAAUCUAUGGAGCUUCCUCUCUUUUCUCCCCUUUUUCCUUUUGCUCCUCCUCCUUGGCCUCCUCAAAGCUGCGCUUGUUGGACCAGUAGUAGUGGGCAUCAUAUUUAUUGCAAACUCAGCAGUUAUAAUUGGGCUGUGGACUGCACAUUUUGUGUGGACUUACUACUGUGUGGCAAAAACCAAGAAGCUUGGGCUGGUUCUAAAGAUUUUGGUGCUAGUUUCAUUGCCAGUGCCUCUGGUCCUUUGGCCAAUCUUUGGAAUUGUUGGAAGCCUUUUAGGGGGAGUAGGAUAUGGAUUUUUUGCACCCCUUCUUGAGACUUAUGAGGCUGUUGGGGAGAAUGUCACUGAGAAAUUCUACCACUGUUUUGUUGAUGGAUGUUGGUCAACAAUUAAAGGAGCCUGCAUAGUAGUACAGGAUUUCACAGACUUCUGCUUCCACUCAUACUUCUCCUACAUGGAUGAACUAAUUGAGAAAGUACUUCCAAAUGAAAAGCCUAUGGACAUAAAAUUAUCAAAAUUGCCAAGUUGUUUGCUAGCAAGCCUAAUUGGCGUACCAGUGGAUGUGCUUUUAAUUACUGCAGUUGCUCUCUGGAAAAGCCCUUACAUGCUAUUCAGGGGCUGGAAGAGGCUACUAGAAGACUUGAUUGGCAGAGAAGGGCCAUUCUUAGAGACGGUAUGUGUUCCAUUUGCUGGUCUUGCUAUCAUCUUAUGGCCUUUGGCUGUUGUGGGAGCCGUGAUCGGUUCUAUUAUUUCUAGCUUCUUUCUGGGACUCUACAGUGGAGUUAUUGUCCAUCAGGAAGACUCGCUUCAAAUGGGACUUGCCUACAUUGUGUCUAUAGUUUCACUGUUCGAUGAAUAUGUAAAUGAUUUACUCUACUUGAGGGAGGGAUCUCGCCUUCCCAGGCCUAAAUACCGCAAAAACAUGAGCCCUAGUCCUGAGAGAGAAUCGCUAGGUGACAAUGGUGACAAUGACUCAAAGAAUGGAAGUGAGAAUUCUUACGAUUCAAAACUUAUAUCAGAAAGAUCAAGAACUUUGAAGUGGGGAAUCCAACAAUAUAAACCAGUGCAGGUAUGGGACUGGCUGUUUAAAUCCUGUGAGGUAAAUGGUCGGAUUCUUCUCCGUGAUGGUCUGAUAACUCCCAAGGACAUUGAGGAAUGCAUUCUGAAGGGUAAUUGUAAGAAGUUGGGCAUCAAGUUACCUGCUUGGUCUAUAUUACAGUGUCUGCUUGCAUCAGCAAAGUCCAACUCAUCUGGGUUGGUGAUCUCUGAUGAUGUGGAGUUGACGAGGAUGAAUGUACCAAGGGAUAAAGUGUUUGAGUGGUUCAUUGGGCCCCUAUUAAUCAUGAAAGAGCAAAUAAAGAAACUCCAGUUAAAUGAAAAUGAAGAUAUGUGCCUAAGAGAGCUUGUUAUGACAUGCAAAAAUGAAAAACCCGAGGAGUGGGAUGACACUGAGUUUGCAUCCAGUGACAAAGUCAGAAGAGCACAAUUGCAAUCCAUAAUUAGAAGACUACAGGGAAUUGUAGCUUCAGUGUCCCGGCUACCAACCUUCCGACGUCGCUUUAGGAAUUUGGUGAAGGUGUUGUACAUAGAAGCAAUUCAGGAAGAUACUUCAGGAAAUCAUAUGGGAGGAAUCUUGAAAGCCAAAUAUGGCAACAAGAGCUGUAAUCAAAGUGAAGACAAAAAAGAGAUAGAUGAAAUUAUAAACAAGGGAGACUAUGGAAAUCUAGUAUGAAUGAGCUGUAAAUCUUUCAUAGGAUGUAGUAAAGCCUUGUGUUAACACUAGAUUGGAAUUUGACAAAAACAAAAGAAAAUGGCUUUGCUGAACCGAGAGACCUGCUAUACUCCAUCUAUCUUUGUCAUAGUUUCAUUCUAAGCUCCUUUUUUUGGAACUUUCUAGGCUAUCUUUGUCAUAGUUUUAUUCUAAGCUCCUUUUUUAUGGAACUUGCUAGGAAGAAUUUUCUCUU